UUCUCCAUAGAGGGUCAACGGCAGGGUUGACUGGGUCAACUCAAUGAACGAUAUGAAACACAAGGUUGCAAACCAGGAUAGCUUGUGACUUAACACCCACUAGCAACCUGGGAUAGACAUCAAGCUUCAUUUUUUUUGCACAUGUGUGAGAAACAACAGAGGUGUCCCCUCUACAGUGGGUUUCUGGAAAAAUGAGCCGUGUCGUUGCUACUGAGGGGAUUGUGGAGGGCAUUUCAGCAAAUGAAAUUCACAAUGCGCAAGUGGGACAAGCAGAUGCAUCUGAUUUAACUCAGCGUCUACACAGCAAGCUGCAUGAUUUCCUUAAAAAGAAUCUGCAAUCCCUGGGUGUAGCUCAGAUAAUGAUUGGCCUGAAAUGUUUCUUAUUUGGGAUCAUGGAGAUUUUUUUUUACUGGCACUUGGACUUGAGGAAUCUUUUAUUCUGCUUUUAUAUUGGCUACCCAUUCUGGGCUGCGGCAUCUUUCAUCAUGUCUGGAUCUUUGACCAUCUCAAGUACAGAAAAACAAACAAAAUUUCUGACUGGAGUCAGUAUUGGAGCUAACAUUAUCAGCACACUACUUUCAAGCACUGGGAUAAUUCUUCUCUCAGUGAAUUUAGUUGAUGUAUUCUUACUUGAUUGCUUGGAGUUACCUGAGUGUUCAUUGGUUAAAUCUUUUAUAACUAGUAUUGUGAUCCUUCAGAUGAUACUGACUUGUGUGGAGAUUUUUAUUUCGUUCUCACUCUGUGGGCUCACUUAUACCGUGGAUGGCAAUGAGGUCAGCUGGGCUUCUGCACUAAGCUGCUUGAUCAGAUCGCAUUCUGAAGAUCCUUACCAAGACUUACUGACUCAACAUGAAAUUUAUGAAGACUUAGUGCUCCAAGACAUAGACCUUGUUCACUCUGAUUCAUGAGACAUCAUUUUAACAUUUUUUAUCACACCAGUGCAUCGUGGAUCCAAGAUGGCAACCAAAGACAGAUCUUCUGAUAGGAAUCUUAUACAAAUACCCUGCUCCCCAUGUCUUUUAUUAUGCAAUUUCAUGCACACACACACACACACACACACACACACACAAUUAUCACGUAUAUGUGCUUAAUUUCAUAGUUGACCAGCAAAUACCAGUAUUAGCAUUCCAUGACCUAAUAGACCUCUUUUCAUUCGGAUGCUCUAUUACUAUUUUUAAGCAAAUUUUAGUUCUUAGGCUUCAGAGAGGAAUUUGUUGUUACCCACUUGCCCCUUCCUAGAAACAGUACUGCCCUCUGGGUUGACAGUUUAUUCAAGUGAAAAAUCUUUGUACAAAUAGUUUGGGUAAGUAGUGGCAUACUAUCCAACACUGGGUCCAAUCUAAGUUCCUUUGACUGUUGAAUGUAGCAGCUCUCCCUUGCUGGUAUCAAGGUGAAUUUGAGAAAAUAUAAUGCAAUACAAAAUGCAUACUAGCACACUCUAAUG